GGUUGGAGGUUGUUCACCUUCUCACCGUCCCUCGUGCUCGGCCAGGUGCUGUCUCACAACCUGUACACGGUGCUGUGCAUCCCGCACGAUCCCGUGGCGCUGGAAGAGCAUUUCCGCGAUGAUGACGACGGGCCGGUGUCCAGCCAGGGUUACAUGCCGUACCUCAACAAGUACAUCCUGGACAAGGUGGAGGAAGGUGCUUUUGUCAAAGAAAACUUUGAUGAGCUCUGCUGGACCCUGACCGCAAAGAAGAAUUACAAGCCCGACCGGAACGGGAAUAGCGUUGUAUCCCACCAAGAUGCCUUCAAGCUCUGGUGUCUCUUCAACUUUCUGUCUGAAGACAAAUACCCUCUCGUCAUGGUGCCAGAUGAGGUGGAGUACCUGCUGAAGAAGAUCUGCACAGCCAUGAACGUGGAGCUGAACUCCUGCGAGCUGGAUGACUACCUCUCCCAGGAGCUACAGGGCCCGGGGGGGCUGACGGUCUGGCAGUUCCUGGACAUGAUGAACUCGGGGCGGUUUCUGCGAGGCAUCGAGCAGGAGGCCAUCAGCAUGGCUGUGGAGGAGGUGUACCAGGAGGUCAUCGAGGAUGUGCUCAAACAGGGCUACCUCUGGAAGAAGGGCCAGCUGAGGAGGAACUGGUCGGAGCGGUGGUUCAUGCUGAAGCCCAGUGUCCUGUCCUACUACAUGAGUGAGGAACGGAAGGAGAAGAAGGGGAGCAUCACGUUGGACAAGCACUGCUGCGUGGAGGUGCUGCCCGACCGGGAUGGGAAGAGGUGCAUGUUCUGCGUGAAGACCUCCUCUCGUACCUACGAGAUGAGCGCCUCCGACACCCGGCAGCGCCAGGAGUGGACGUUAGCCAUCCAGACGGCCAUCCGGCUGCAGGCUGAGGGCAAGAAGUCCCUGCACAAAGACCUGAAGCAGAAGCGACGGGAGCAGCGGGAGCAACGGGAGCAGCGUAAGGCGGCCAAGGAGGAGGAGACGCAGCGGCUCAAGCAGCUCCAGGAGGAGAAGGAGCGGAAGCUGCAGGAGCUGGAGCUGCUCAAGGAGGCCCAACGGCAGGCAGAGAUACUCCUGCAGGAGGAGGAGCAGCGGCGGAGGCAACAGCACGAGGAGAUGCAGAGGACUCUGGAGAUCCAGCUGCGGGAGGCCGAGCAGGCUCGCGCCUCCAUGCAGGCAGAGAUGGUCCUGAAGGAGGCAGAGGCAGAGCGGCAGCGCAAGCGCCUCCUGGAGCUGGAUGAGGAAUCCGUGAGAUACGCGCAGGCCAGGCUACUGGCUGAGGAAGAGGAGAAGCUGAAGCAGCUGAUGAAGCUGAAGGAGGAGCAGGAGGAAUACAUCAUCAAAACUCAGCGGGAGAAGCAAGUCCUCAAGCAGGAGAUGGAGAACAAGAACAAGUGUCUGGAAGAGGCGCAGAAGCAGCUGGAAGAAGUGAGAGUGAACAGGCAGCGGGUGGACCAAGACGUCAUGGCGGCUCAGCGGAAGUUGCGACAGGCCAGCACCAACGUCAAGCACUGGAACGUCCAGAUGAACCGAUUGAUGCACCCCAUCGGGCCGGGAGACAAGCGUACAAACGUGAGCGGAGGAGGAUUCGUUGGCUACCAACCCCUCCUCUCCCAGAGAGAUUCCUCCCUCAAACUCAAGCAGAAAGUGGAGGAUAAAGGUAGCGACCCCACAAGGGACAACAGCAAGGAAAACGUGAGCAACGGUGGGAACAGCGGCGUGCCGCCGUGUCCGGAUGCGGACACCAUGGCCACAGAGCCCACCAACUAGCCCAGCAGGAUGGCAGAGCCCAGCAGGGAACUGAGAGUCCCAGCACGUCCCUCCGAGCGGACGCAGUCAAUACGGCCCUCUCUGGAUGGAGACAAGUGGGGACCAGCACAGAGCCUAUAGGUGACUACAUAUAAGGCAGAGAUGCUCCCAU